AUGGUGAACGGAGUCGUGGACGAGACAGUGUUAGACUACUACGUGGUCCUCCCGAUGGACGACUGCGGGCACAUCCCUCUAAAUCAAGCCAUCUUAGGCCACGUGGCAAAGAGCAGUACUCCCCCCUUCUGUUGCGAACAAGACACUGGGGCCUUGUUGUUGAAGAGAGACAUGUACGAGAUCACCAUCAGCUUGCCUCAGUUUACCUAUAACAAGAUCGUGGUCGUUCCAGCUGGCAGCAACUACUCGUAUGACUUCCUUGAUGAUGGUGUGGUCAUUGAUCUCGUAGACCUGACCACAACCACGACGACCACCUCGACGGCUUCCUUGACUGCAACGUCUAAGACGAUGACAUCCACGUUGACGGCAACCUCUCUCACCAGCACUAGCAGUGCAACCGAGUCAACCACCGUCACCGGCGACUUGGGUGGAAGUGGCUGGGUGGACAGCACGAUGCAGACGCAGUUGGCCCCUGUGCUGAUGGCAGGGCUUGCGCUAGUUGUCUUUGGCUGA